GCCUCUGAUUGGACCGCAGAGUCUAUUAGGGAGGAGGAAAGCAAAAGUAAAAAGGAAACAGCUGGGGGAGGGGAGGAGGGGAAAGGCCUCCCCACCCGCUCCUACACUGAAAGCUGAAAGCUGUGUGCAGCCAUUAGCCUGGGGAGGGUCUGUGCAUGUCAAGGGUGAGGGCAGCAGAGGCUGAACCCAGGAAGCUCUCUGCACCAAGUGAGCCUGCAAGGACUCCAGGGACUGACUUUGCCAACAGCUGGACUUGAUCACCAGCUCACAAACUGAGAUCAUGCAUUGGGUGGAAUAACAAGCCGACUUUGCUCUCUGGCUGUGCAAGACAUUGUUUUUCAAGGAUUUCCCAAAGCAGACAAUAGAUAACAGAAGACCACCACCUGGACCCUUGAGUCUUCUCUAAGAACCACUUUAAGAUUCCACUCCUGGCAGAGUUUGCAGGAUCAUGGUGGCCCUUUGGGGAGCUUCUGCUCUGCUGGUUCUGUUCCUUGCAGCCUUUCUGCCCCCACCACAGUAUGCCCAGGAUCCAGCCAUGGUGCAUUAUAUCUACCAGCGCUUUCAAGUCUUAGAGCAAGGGCUGGAAAAAUGUACCCAAGCAACAAGGGCAUAUAUUCAAGACUUCCGAGAAUUCUCAAAAAACAUAUCGGUUAUGCUGGGAAGAUGUCAGACCUACACCAGUGAGUAUAAGAGUGCAGUAAAUAACUUGGCCCUGAGAGUGGAACGUGCCCAGCGGGAGAUUGACUACCUGGAAUAUCUUCGAGAAUCUGACAUAUGUGUAGAAACAGAGGACAAGACACUGGCAGAAAAGCUACUUCAAGAAGCUGAGGAAGAGAAAAAGAUCCGAACUCUGCUGAAUGCAAGCUGUGAUAACAUGCUGACAAGUAUAAAGUCUCUAAAAAUAGUGAAGAAGACUAUUGACACAGAUGGCUCUUGGAUGAAAGAUGCUGGCAGUGACUCUCCAAAAGUAUAUUUCUUAAUUGGAUCCAGAAACAACACUGUUUGGGAAUUUGCAAACAUGCGGGCAUUCAUGGAGGAGAGCACCAAACCCCCUCCCCGGAAGCUAAACCUACCACUUUCCUGGCAGGGAUCAGGCCAGGUGAUCUACAGAGGUUUUCUAUUUUUUCACAACCAAGGGACUUUAAAUGAGAUAAUCAAAUAUAAUCUGCAGAAGAGGACUGUAGAAGAUCGAAUGCUGCUCCCAGGAGGGGCAGGCCGGGCACUGGUCUACCAGCACUCCCCUUUCACUUACAUUGACCUGGCUGUGGAUGAGCAUGGGCUUUGGGCCAUUCACUCAGGUCCAGGCAUCCAAGGCCAUUUGGUUCUCACAAAAAUUGAGUCUGGCACACUGGGAGUGGAGCACUCAUGGGAUACUCCUUGCAGAAGCCAGGAUGCUGAAGCCUCAUUCCUCAUGUGUGGGGUUCUCUAUGUAGUCUACAGUUCUGGUGGCCAGGGCCCGCAUCGAAUCACCUGCAUCUAUGAUCCACUGGACACUAUCAGGGAGGAGAAUCUGUCCAACUUGUUCUUCCCCAGGCGGCCAAGAAGCCAUUCCAUGAUCCAUUACAAUCCCAGAGAUAAGCAGCUCUAUGCCUGGAAUGAAGGAAACCAGAUCCUUUACAGACUCCAGACAAAGAGAAAGCUGCCUCUGGAGUAACAUGUUGCAACUGGGAGGGAGGGAGAGUAACAUCAUGGCUUUGGCAGCUGCUCUCUGGGACACUGAGACCACAACCUCUUCACAAUGUAGUAUCACUCUGGUCACACACAGGAAUAGGUUGUAGAAGUGGGAAUACAUAUGCAUCCUUUCCCAGGUGGUACUGCAUUAGGAAUCUUCCAAGAGCAUAAAUGAGAGUCCAUCAUUGGAGAAUUUUCAACAAAGUCCAUUACUCAUCCACAUGUCCUGGCCCUCAUGGCCAGCUACAUUCUGGUCCUGCUGACUUCUAGACUUUUCUUUUUUGUUCUCCAGCAUUUGCUUUAACUCUGCCUUUAUCCCUUAACAGUUAGAAUCAUAUGUCCCCACAGAUACUCAGACUCCUCUUCUGUCUUUCCCAAAUACCCAUAAAUAUUUUUUUUUCAUUUUUCACUGCCCAACUAAAGUACUAUUUCUUAUUGAUGUUUAAUCUUUAUUUCCCCUAGUCUUGCCUUUCUACCAAGUGAAGUAAAUAUUAUAAUAGAGUAAAAACAUUAACAUCUGAAUACCACUUUUUAGUUGCAAAGUAUUUGCAUAUUAUUUAAUUCUCACUCUGUGAGAUAUGUACAAAUCUUUACAAUUGCCAUUCUAGAUAAAAAAGGGUCUAGGUGAGUUGUUGAAAGUAGCACAACCACAAAAUGAAAGAGCUAGAAACUGCUACAAAUCUCAUAGUCUUUCCAUUGCCCAAGGAAGCAUCAAAUAUUUAUUUUUGUUCACCCAGCCAUUUAUAAUCAGUGUGUUCAUAGUUCAGUCUAAAAAUAAUAGUCUCCCUCUUAAGUCAGUUUUCACGUCUGCACAAGACCUUCCUAUAGGUCUUUCAAAAGCUACUUCCUCCAGAAAGCCAGCCAGGGUGAGGACACCACCUCUACCUCAUCUUGCCUUACUGUCAUUUGCUUCUCUCUUUUGGCUUUAAAUGCAAUAAAAGUAACACUAAGCAAAUAA